AAUAAUAAAACGGGUGCGGGUCGGGCUCUGCAAUUCGAUUCGUGCCCGGAUAUUAGAACCCUAAAUUUUAAAAUUUGUGACUCCUCUCUCUCUCAGAAAAAAUCAAAUCAGAUGGAGGUCAGCGAUUUUGAAGAAGAAACCCUAAAAAAGAGGCAUAAGAAGAACCCUUUUACAUCAUCAAUGGGAGAGGUGAACUUUAUGCACGAAGAUGAUGAUAAUGACCGGUUAGAAACUGCACGUGCUAGAUUUUCGAAUGUAAUUAAGAGACAUACGGCAUUGGCAGAGAGGCUGUCUAGGGAUUCUGAUAAGAUGAUAUUCGAGCGGUUACAGAAAGAAUUUGAAGCUGCAAAAGCAUCUCAAACGGAAGAGGUUUAUUUAGAUGGUGAAGAAUGGAAUGACGGACUGUUAGCUACGAUAAGAGAGAGGGUUCACAUGGAGGUUGAUAGAAAGGCAAUGCUAGCGGAGACAGAUGUGAUACCAAAUCAUCAUGUUGAGGAAAAAAUUACAUAUAGAGUUGGGAAUAAGGUUAUUUGUUGUCUGGAGGGGGCAAGAAUUGGCAUUCAAUAUGAGACAACUUUUGCAGGAGACCCUUGUGAGCUGUACCAUUUGGUGCUUGAGAGCAAGUCAUUUCUUGAAAAGAUGACUGUCCUUGAACACACAAUCCCUUUCUUCCUGCCGCUACGUGAAGCAGAAAAUGAUCUUCUUUCAUCUAAUGCGAUGAGAUUUAUAGAUUACAUUGGAGAACUUCUGCAAGCUUAUGUGGAUAGAAAGGAACAGGUUCGACUUAUUAAGGAGUUGUAUGGAAAUCAAAUAGGAGAGCUGUAUCAUAGCCUACCCUACCACAUAAUAGAAUUUGUACUGGAUGAUUUUCCUUGCAAGGUAAUUGUCAGUCUUAGAUAUGCAGACCUUGUCUCUGUACUUCCAACUCGGGUCAGAGUCAUUGCAUGGCCAAUUGAUCAGUUUAAGAAAAGUGAAGUAAUGGGUGCUCACCCUAGUCCAAGUCGUCUAUCUUACGCAGAGGAUGCCUUGAAAAGUAUGAGCUUGCCAGAAGCAUAUGCAGAGAUCGUAUUGAGGCUGCGACAAGUCACUCAGGAAAUUUUUGAGGACAGGAAUCCCAGUUAGUGCUUUAGUUUUCUGGCAGAAAACUUCUGAUCUGUACAAUCAUAUCAUAAUGGUGCCGAAGCAACUCGUAAACUGUUUCUUGAGAUGAU